UCCGGCAGCUCUCUUUCUUUCUUCGUUCUUCUUAUAAAAUAGAGGACGGCAUCUGCGUUUGCAGAAAAUUUAACACCAUUAAUUGGGAUUAAAAAUCAGCGAAAAUGAGCUUAGGCAACGCCAGGCCAUUGGUCUCCGUGUAUACGGAUAAAAAUGAGGCUGUUAAGGAGAAGAACAUCUGCCUGCCGGCUGUGUUCAAGGCGCCCAUCCGUCCGGAUGUGGUCAACGAGGUGCACCAGCUGAUGCGCCGCAACAACCGUCAGCCCUAUGCUGUCAGCGAGUUGGCAGGUCACCAGACAUCUGCUGAGUCCUGGGGUACCGGUCGUGCUGUUGCCCGUAUUCCCCGUGUCCGUGGUGGCGGUACCCACCGCUCCGGCCAGGGUGCCUUCGGCAACAUGUGCCGUGGUGGUCGCAUGUUCGCUCCCACUAAGACCUUCCGUCGCUGGCACCGCAAGGUGAAUGUCAAUCAGCGCCGUUAUGCUCUGGUGUCGGCUAUUGCCGCAUCGGGUGUGCCAGCUCUGGUGCAGUCCAAGGGUCAUGUUAUCGAUGGCGUCUCCGAGUUCCCCUUGGUUGUGUCCGAUGAAGUGCAGAAGCUGCAAAAGACCAAGCAGGCUGUUGUCUUCCUGCGCCGCAUGAAGAUCUGGGCUGACAUCCAGAAGGUGUACAAGUCCCAGCGCUUCCGUGCUGGCCGUGGUACCAUGCGCGACCGUCGUCGCAUUGCCCGUCGUGGUCCUCUGGUUGUGUACCACAAGGAUGAGGGUCUGCGCCGUGCUUUCCGCAACAUCCCUGGCAUUGAGACAAUCAGCGUGGAUAAGCUGAAUCUGCUGAAACUGGCUCCUGGUGGCCAUGUCGGUCGCUUUGUUAUCUGGACUGAGUCUGCUUUUGCGCGCCUGAAUGAUCUGUUCGGCACCUGGAAGAAGCCAUCCACCUUGAAGAAGGGCUACAAUCUGCCCCAGCCCAAGAUGGCCAAUACCGAUUUGUCGCGCCUUCUGAAAUCAGAGGAGAUCCGCAAGGUUCUGCGUGACCCACGCAAGCGUGUGUUCCGUCGCGUGCGCCGCCUCAAUCCUCUUUCCAAUGUGCGUCAGCUGAUCAAGCUGAACCCAUACGCAGAGGUCCUGAAGCGUCGUGCUGCUCUCGCUGCUGAGAAGCGCACCGUGGCUAGGGUGUUGGCCAAGGCCAAGAAACAGAACGUUGAGCUGGCCAAGUCGCACUUCGCAAAUGUUGCCACCAAGGCUGCUGCUAACCGCGCUAAGCUGCUCGCCGCCCGCAAGAAGAAGGUCGCCCCCAAGAAGCCCGCGGCCAAGAAGUAAACUUUCACACAAACCUUAGGGGACAAAACUCUUUUUAUAUAAUAAAUUACAAAUAACAAAAGUUGUAUGAAUUAUAUUCAUAA